GUAGCCGAGUUUGUGGAUGAGCGUCCAGAAGAGGUAAAGCAGAUGGAGGCCUUUCGUUCCAGCACCAAGUGGAAGCUUCUGGGAGGACACAAUGAAGAUCUAUUGUCACAUAGACAUUUCCGUCACAACACCCCAGAUUCAUCUCCUAAGGGGGUCCGCCAUGACACUCCGGAUCCUUCUCCUCCUAGGAGGGUCCGCCAUGACACCCCGGAUCCUUCUCCUCCUAGGAGGGUCCGCCAUGACACCCCGGAACCUUCUCCUCCUAGGAGGGUCCGUCAUGACACCCCAGAUCCUUCUCCUCCUAAGAGGGUCUGCCAGGAUACCCCAGAAACUUCUCCUCCUAGGAGGGUCCGUCAUGACACCCCAGAUCCUCCCCCCAGGAAGCCUCAUCGUAAUUCUUCAGGUGUAUCUCCUAAGAGAGUCCAUCCUGAUUCCUCAGGUAUCUGUUCCUCCAGAAGGGCCCACAGUAAUUCCCCUGACACAUCCCAACCUAGAAGGACUCUUGACUCCUCAGACACAUGGCAUCUCAGGAGGGCCCAUAAUGACUCUCCCAAUUUGGCACCUAGUGUCACUCAUUCACUGUCCAGAACCAAAAGUAGUAAGGCCCCAGAAAGAGCCUCCAGCAAGACUUCUCCACAGCGGAAGGGGCUGGGACCCUCUCAUUCCUCACUCUCAAAGAACAGCAAACAUGAGUAUGACUCGGACCUUUCUCCUGCACGAGAAAAGCAAGCAAAAUCCCAUUUUGGAGAUAAGAAGCCACUUGAUUCUAAAGGUGACUGCCAGAAAGCCUCUGAUUCAGAUCUUUCUCCUCCACGGCAUAAACAAAAGUCAAGGCACCAGGAUUCUGAUUCAGAUCUGUCGCCUCCACGGAAUAGACCAAGACAACAAAACUCUGAUUCUGACCUCUCACCACCAAGGAGGAAACAGAGGACCAAAUCUUCUGAUUCUGAUCUGUCUCCACCUCGAAGGAGUCGGCCUCCUGGAAAGAAGGCUACACACAUGUAUUCUGGUGCUAAAGCUGGGUUGGUGUUAACAGACAUACAGCAAGAGCAUCAGGAGCUCAAGAAUCGGGACCAAGAAGCCAUGGCAUUUGAAGCUGAAUCUCAGUUCGCUGAAACUGUAUUUCGAGACAAGUCUGGUCGUAAGAGGAAUUUAAAACUGGAACGUUUAGAGCAAAGGAGAAAAGCAGAAAAGGACUCAGCACGAGAUGAGCUGUAUGCCCAGUGGGGUAAAGGGCUUGCCCAGAGCCGGCAACAGCAACAAAAUGUGGAAGAUGCAAUGAAGGAGAUGCAAAAGCCUCUGGCUCGCUAUAUUGAUGAUGAAGAUCUGGACCGGAUGCUGCGAGAACAAGAAAGAGAGGGAGACCCCAUGGCCAGCUUCAUCAAGAAGAAUAAGGCCAAGGAGGACAAGAAUAAGAAAGUGAGGCCUCGCUACAAUGGCCCAGCACCUCCUCCCAACAGAUUCAAUAUCUGGCCUGGAUAUCGCUGGGAUGGAGUGGACAGAUCCAAUGGAUUUGAACAGAAGCGUUUUGCCAGGCUUGCCAGCAAGAAGGCAGUGGAGGAACUUGCCUACAAAUGGAGUGUUGAGGACAUGUAACUUCUCUAAGGCUAUGUGGGUGACUGUGUGUUGUGGUAGUGGCAUAGGACAGGUAGACAUCCAGCUCUAGAGUUGUCUGUGCUAAUAAUCAGGGCCCAUACAGACCAGAAACUUGCUGAAUGUGUUUUGACACAGAAGAAUGUCAGAGACCUGACCUUUGGACUAAGGCGCCAAAGUGUGCCAACACUGUCCAUGGGUGGCUUUCACAGGAAGCCGUGAUUUCUAUGUUAUGAGGGUUUGUUCUUGGCUAGGAUUUUUGUUUUUCUUUUUAAAUAAACAUAUUUAUUUUCCUAAAAGCAUUUCCUAACUUGGUAUUGUUUGGGGAAGAAUUUCAGCUAAUAUUG